CUGUGAACAGGCAGUCAAGAAACAGUCAAUUCAUUUUCAUCCGACAGAUUCAUUCCUCAUUUUUGGGGGGGACUGAAACCGACUGAUGGUGUAGUAGGCUAGCUGCGUAAAACUUAGCAAUAGCUAGUUUGAAACAACAGCACUCAAUAACAAGCGUUUAGCUAAUAAUAUUACCAUCAUGUCACUACAAGAUGCACGAUUAAAUAGUCUAUUUUUGAUAUUCAAUCUACUAGUUGUUUUCAGCUAUUGCGAUGCGUCAACAUUUACCAAACCUGCUCCGUUCUGUCUCCUUGUGAAGACAGAAAGCAGCAGUUCUCAGGUCAGUUUUCUAAUCCGCUCACAGGACACUUCUCUUCUGUUCUACUGGAGUAAAUGGACCCCAGAUCAGCGUGUUAAAGAGUGUUUCGUCAGUCGUGAUGUGUCGCAGAUCAAGCGUUAUUUAUCAUUGUGUCAUAAAGAGCGCAUUGUUUGGGACAAUGACGGAAAGUUCAGCCGCUAUAAUUUAACCGCGCUCCUGGAGGAUGACGGACUUUGUCAAAUCAACUUAAAUAUUAGUUUAACUUUGCGUAAGGAAGACGCAAAGCAAAACCAACAGCUGGACUCACCAGUGAAAAUCCGCAAUAAACGCGCUUGGGUUUUACCGGGGACUCUGUGGUGUGGACGUGGAACCAAUGCCAAUGACUAUGAGCAGCUGGGUAUGUUUGAGCAUGCAGACCGAUGCUGCAGAGAGCACGAUCACUGCGAACACAUCAUACGCUCCUUCUCUGUCAACUUUGGCGUCUUCAAUCCCACUUUCUUCACAGUGUCCCACUGCGCCUGUGACCACAGAUUUAAGCAAUGCCUACUGGGUGGCAACGACACCAUCUCCAACAUGGUGGGCUACAGCUUUUUCAAUGUGCUAAAAAUCCGCUGCUUCGAGUUCGUCCAGAAGAGGCAAUGCACACAGUACAACUGGCUUGGAUUGUGCACCAUGGUAAAACUAGCACCGGUGGCAAUAAUGAAAGACUCAACACUGUACAACUCCACCAAUCAGACGAAUGAAACCAGCGCAACCUUUGAGCUUUCCUGCAAUGAAGUGCCAGUCAAACUGACACACAGCGGAGAACACAAAACCUCCAAUGGAGAGCGAGUUAGACUGAGGAAAAAACUGAAAACCUGCAAUAAAAGCAAGACGUUUCAGAGCCAAAAUCAGGUGAAUGAGAAAAAGAAGAAUCUGCACAGAAAUGAUCAUGGAAAAGGAAGAAAACGCGUCCAGCUAAACUCGAUGUCCACCUUCACUCUCGCUCCUCUGAGGAAAACGAAUAAAAAGAUGAAAAUGAGAAGGCAAAAGUUAAGGAUGGAAACGAUUGUUCAGAAAACACCAAAAGCCACUCAUUCUGCAUUAACCUCAGAGAAAAUAAAGACGACAGUCAGUCAGUCAAAACAAAUGCAGGCCAGUAAAUCAGGAGCAAAGACACUUCGAAACAAGAGGAAAAGAGGUAAAAGCAAAAUUCAGAAAUCCAGUAAGAACCCAAAGGAAAAACAUCAUCGAAACAAGAACAUUAUAAAAUAAUGAACGAAGAGAUCUAUGAAACAUUCAUUCAUUCAUUUUCCACCAACUUGACCACCAACUUAUCCAACUUAUCCAACAUCUGUUUAACCCAUCACUGGGAAACAAUCAUACACCCAAUUCCCCUAUAGCGCAUGUGUUUGGACUGUGGGGGAAACCGGAGGAACCGGAGAAAAUCCACACCAACACAGGGAGAACAUGCAAACUCCACACAGAAAUGACAACUUACCCAGCCGAGGCUCGAAUCAGCGACCUUCUUGCUGUGAGGCAAUCAUGCUACCCACUCUGCCACUGUGUCGCUCUAUGAAACAUAUGAACAAUAUUUGAGUAAUAACAUGUGCUGUAAUAAUAAUAAUAAUAAUAAUAAUAAUAAUAAUAAUAAUAAUAAUAAUAAAAACAAUACAAAGUUUAAAUUUUUUUUAUUAAAUUAAAUUAAGGGCAAAAAUUUAUCGCAUCCGAAAUAAAAGUUUGUUUUGACAUUAUAUGUGUGUGUAUUUUAUGUAUUUAUUAUGUAUAUGUGAUACACACUUAUACACAAAAACAAAACUGUACAAAAGUCACGUAGAUAUUUGAAUUUAUAUAUUGUUUGUAUCAUAUAAAAAUAUAUUUUAUAUCUAAAUAUAAAUAAACAUUUUCUCAAAUAUAUGCAUGCCUGUGUGUAUUUAUAUAUACAAAAUAAAUAUUCACAGUACACACACAUAUUAUUCAUUCAUUCAUUUAUUUUCUUUUCGGCUUAGUCUCUUUAUUAAUCAGGGGUCACCACAGCGGAAUGAACCGCCAACUUAUCCAGCACAUGUUUUACGCAGCGGAUGCCCUUCCAGCUGCAACCCAUCACAGGGAAACAUCCAUACACACUCAUUCACAACGGACAAUUUAGCCUUCCCUAUUCACCUGUACCACAUAUCUUUGGACUUGUAGGGAAAACCAGAGCACCUGGAGAAAACCCACGCCAACACGGGGAGAACAUGCAAACUCUACACAGAAAUGCCAACUGACCCAGCCGAGGCUCGAACCAGCGACCUUCUUGCUGUGAGGCGAUUGUGCUACCAACUGCGCCACCGUGCUGCCCCUUAUUAUAAAAUAUAAAGUAAAAAUGAAAUUUGGCGUGAAUUUGGAGAGAAAAAUAGGAGUUUUUAAAUGAAAACAUGUUUCCUGUAGUGUUUGCUUCAGGGGCCUUUUUUAGGCAGGUUUCAUCUUCCAGUGUAGAUAUGACUGUGUUUUGGUUUAGCAGCUGAACAUAAUGCUGUAGUUUGAUUGUAUCUAAGAAGAAGCCCAGACUGGUGACUCUGCAUUAUAAACUCAAAGUGCUGGAUUUUUGAAACACAGCCCAGAUUUAAGUGUCUCUAAUUGACAUAGGGUAUUUCUAAAUUCAGAAACAGGUACAUAAACAGCCAACGUACAUAAAAGGAGGAAUGUGUGUUUUUUUUUU